AUGAGUUAUUUAUUAGAUGAUAAAAAGAUUAUAUUAAAAAAUUUAAUUACAAAAAAUGAAAGCAUAAAGACAGAAAAUGAGAAUAUGACUUUGGAAAAUAAAGCUUUGCUUUGCUUAAUAAAAAAAUAUGAAGAAAAAAAUAAAUUUCUGAACGUUGUUGAAUAUAUUCAUUAUGUGUGUACGAAUUUAUACAGGUAUGAAGAGAACUUAAAUUACAACAUCACGUAUGAUGAAUUCUUAAAAGAUUUAAAAAAACAUUUAAAGGAAAAUAUUUUGGAUUAUAAGCAUAUAUUAGAAAACAUAUUAUUAAGAACAGAUAUAAAUUAUAUAAAUGAACAAAAGUAUUUAGGUGAUACGUUACCUGAACAAAAUAUUGUAAAUGAUAUUUUGUCAAAAAAGAAAAUAUACGAUAUAACUUUUGAAGAGGUAAAAAAUACUUCAAUGAAAAGAGAAUAUUCAAUGGAAAACAUAAAGACAAAUGUAAAGACAGAAAGUAAAGAUAUAUCAUUAAAUAAAGAAGAGUGUAAUAAAGAUGAUCAUGUCCAAGAGGAUAAUAAUGAUAAAUAUAAUGGGUUGCAAGGUAAAAAUAGGGAGAAAAAUAUUUGCAGAAAUUGGAAAGAUGAAAAAUCAGAACAUGAAUUUUAUCAGCUCCAAAGUUUUGAGAAGAAUGAAAAUAGAGAAUGGUUUAGGGUAGACCCUAAUUUAAAUUUGAAAGAAAAACAACAACUGAUUUAUAACGAAAUCGAGAAAUUAAAAAACGAGAUAAAAAAAAUAACUGUACAUUCCGAAAGUACAAAAAUAAUUAUAUCCUCUAUGAUAUGUCAAAGUAAAAUAUUUUUAUAUGAACUAGAAGAUAAUAUAAAGGAUUACAAAAUAUUGAAAGAAAAAAUUAUGAAUGAUAAAUAUUUAUUAAAAAAAGGAGAUUACAUAAAUGAAGUAUAUAAUGGGAUAAUACAAAAUCAAAAAAUAAAAAUAGAUAAUGUUAAGAAAACAAAUAAAACCUUAUUAAAUUUGUAUAAUAAAAAAUUCUCAAAUAUAAAUUAUAUAAUAUCUCUUAAUGAAAAUAUAAAUAAUGUGGAUUUUCUUUAUCUUAAUGUUUUAAUACAUAAUAGAAAGUUACAAUAUGAUGACCUCAUGAAGGAACACGAAAAUAAUUAUAAUCAUUUAAGGAAACUCCUCAGCAAUAUGAGCAACAUACAAAAUAAAAUCACAGAAUAUACAAACAAGGAAAAGGAAAUUUUAUCAAAUAUAGAGAAAAACAAUGAUAGCUUAAAUCUUCUAGACAAUUUAAUAGUAGACAUUACAAAUAAAAUAGAUACUAAUAUGGACAUAACCAAUAA